AAAGUCUUUGGGUUUCGAAAUUGUUUUUGUUGACAAAGAGUGGCUGAAGGCUGUCUAAGGAGUUUUGCGGUGUGUUGAAGAGGGUGUAGAAAUGCACAGAAACACUAUUUUCCGAUAUGAAAAUAAUACUGUUUGCUUGGAGCGCCAAUUUGUUUCAGUCAGCAUCAGUAUUUCAGUGAACAUAUAGCGUAUUAUUAGUCAGCAUGCGCUUGAUAUCGGUGACAAGUCGGUGUUGUCAGGCAUAACUAUUAAAGUAAUCGGUCAUAGUUCCUAACCAUAGAUGACAAUGGCCGCACGUUGGAGUAGCGAAUUCACCGUAUCGGAGCACAGAGACCUGCAGGCGAGUGCAAUGGCUGUAGACUGGACAGGAGUUUAUGUUUUGUUGGCAGGGCGUAGAUAUUUAGCAGUUAAAAAUUUAAAUGAUCCAUCGGAUGCUCUUCACAAAGUUCCUAGACACAGUAAAUAUGAAGUUGGAGCAGCACAGUGGAAUCCUAGUUCAACUAAUAAAGAAUUAUGUGCAAUAUCUAGCAACCAGAGAGUUGAAAUAUUGUCAUGGAGUAAUGGUGAUCUUGUUCAGACUCAUUCACUUCGUGCUCACACAAGAGUAAUUAGUGAUCUCAACUGGCACCGUUUUGAUCCCAAUUUAUUGGCCAGCUGUUCAAUUGAUACCUUCAUUCACAUAUGGGAUGUGAGGGAUCAGAGGCGACCUGCCCUAUCUUUAUCAGCUGUGGCGGGGGCGUCACAAGUGAGAUGGAAUCGUCUGUCCAGAUAUCUCCUUGCCACUGCACAUGACGGAGAUGUCAAGUUAUGGGACCAAAGAAAAGGAACAGCACCUGUGCAAUACAUUGCUGCUCAUUUAUCAAAGAUACAUGGUUUGGAUUGGAGCCCCAAUCAUGAAAAUCAACUUGCCACAUCCAGUCAGGACUGCACUGUGAAGUUUUUUGAUAUUACAAAUCCUAGAAGAGCUGAAAAUAUCUUGACAACCUCUUCACCUGUAUGGCGAGCUCGGUACACGCCGUUUGGCGAAGGUAUGGUUACAGUUGUCGUUCCUCAGUUACGAAGAGGAGAAAACAGUCUUUUAUUGUGGAAAAUAUCAAACCCGUCAACCCCCGUUCACACUUUUGUUGGACACACUGAUGUUGUUCUGGAAUUUGAAUGGCGGAGACCAAAGGAAGGUGGAUCAGAUUAUGAGUUAAUCACUUGGUCAAAAGAUCAGAGCUUAAGGAUAUGGAGGAUUGAAUAUUUUCUUCAGAAGCUUUGUGGCAGUGAAACUAAUGGAGAAACUAUUGUGGAUGUUCAGCAGACAGAGGAAACUUCUGUUGCAACAAGCACACUCGUAAUGGACCCAGUGAUAACACAUCCAUUACAAACUCUGCCAUUAGAAAAUGAUGAUAGUGUUCCAGAGUUAAUUAAUUCUCUGACAGUAGAGGAAAGUGCUGAUGCUGAUAGGGAAGUAAACCCUUCACCAACUCAGCCAAAGACAUUGCAGCAAGAAUUCUCGUUACUUAACAUUAAUAUUCCAAAUGUUCGCGUGGAAGCUAUGGAUGUUAGUAGGCGAUCGUGCACUGUUACAGCUGCCCGGAAUGCACAUAUUGUGAUUUUGCUUGUAACAUUCCCCCCAAAUUAUCCUUAUAAUGCUGCUCCAUCAUUCCAGUUUGGACAGGGGACAACAUUUGACAGCAAUGCCAUGGCAAAAGUUUUAAAGGCUAUGAAACAGACAGCUCAGCAGAGAGUCAGAAAGAAUAAAUCAUGCCUUGAACCAUGCCUUCGGCAGCUUGUGACAACAAUAGAUCAGAUAACUUCUGGGGAGGAUUCAGAAAACAAAGUUUAUUCCCGACAUCUUUCCCAGCCAAACUCCUUUCUUGAGUCAUCAAAUAUAUUUGGCAGUUUUCAAGAUGCUUACAUACCAUUUCCUCGGACAUCUGGGGGAAAAUUUUGUGGAGUUGAUAUGUUGGUGUGUUUUGGUCGUGCUCCUUCUUCUCGAAGAUUAUCGACACGUUCAGAAAGCUUUACUCCUAGAUCUUUGUCAGCUCUUGGUGGAAGCCUUACCAGUUUUAAUCUUGGUGCCUCACCUGGUACCACAUCACAGUAUUCAAGAAUUUAUCCAUCUGUAAACCAGGGAAACUCUGUGGAUACUCCUCUUCCAGUGUCAUCAUAUUAUUUCCCAGAAAGAACAAAACAGACAAGAGUAAGAAGUAGAAAUGUGCAUGGUGGAAGUAGGGGCUUUAGUAGCUCAUCAAGAGGCAGCAAAAAGUCAACCAGAGCUGUUAUUACAGUUUAUGAUGCAUCAGCCCUAUUUUUUGUCCAUAGGGAGCUUGGUGAAAAAUAUAUACUUGGUUCUCAUGAUGUGCCAGCUGUAUGCCAACACAAUUCUUCCGUUGCUGCAUCUGUAGGGCGGAGAGAUUUGGUGCAGACCUGGUCCUUAGCAGGUCUAGCUGCAACUCCAGCAAUGGUGGGACCUUCAGAACAAGAAGACGAUGUUCCCUGGUCACAUCAUCCAUUUGGGAGGCAAUUGGUGGAAUCCUUAAUUGCUCAUUAUGCUAAACAGUCAGAUAUUCAGACAGCAGCUAUGUUGUGCUGUAUAUUUAGUACCCGUCCAGAGACCCAAGAAAUUCGCAAACAUAAACAUCUAAGCAAGUCUGUCAAUGUCAGUAUUUUGUCAUCCCUGCCUGAAUUUUUGAAAUCUAGGGUACUGCGUCUUGCAACUGGAAAAUGGUGGCUCAAGCCUGGUGGUUCCCCAUAUCACACGAUACAUCAGGUAGACACAAGCCUUGAAGGAUCAAGUUAUCCUACACUGAAACAAAAUCGUUCCAACUCAUGGUCUGAUUCACUGGAUGAUUUUAAGUUUGCUUCUGGAAUUGCGGAACAUCGAGAACAUUGUGAUGCUGACAGUGUUAAGUCUAUAAAAAUGCUGGAUGAAAAAAAUACAUUCCUUUAUGAUAUGUACAAGAAGGCAUACGCAGAAAUUCUUCACAGAUGGUGUCUACUUGGUGCAAGAACUCAGGUACUGAAGUAUCUGUGUACACCACCUGAACCACAUAGAGGUGUUGAGUUUUUCACGGAAUGCACAAGUUGUAACAAGCAGAUACGAGGCCCUGGCUGCUCAUUGUGCAAGAGACUAAGUUUUCAAUGUGUGAUUUGCCGCAUCUCAGUGCGAGGAUCAUCCAAUUUCUGUUUGGUUUGCGGUCAUGGUGGGCACAUGGAUCACAUGAAACUGUGGUUUGAAUCACAUAGUGUUUGUCCAACAGGCUGUGGCUGCUCCUGCCUGGCUGAAAGUGCAUCUAUUUUAGAGACGUAACAGUGGGUAACUUGGACGCAUUGAAAGUUAUCAGUAUUCAUUAGGCUGUUUGACAACUGAAACCAAAUAUCUUAGUACCUGCUGUUCCACAGUCCUUCAUAUGAUAAUGAAGGAAAGUGAGCUUCAUUUUUGAAAAUAUGUUUACUGUAAAUUUUAUCACUUCUAUGUAUGUUGUUGCCUUCCUUCACACAGUAAUGAAAGAAAGUGAGCUUCAUUUGUUAAAUUCUGUUUCUCUGUGCAUCUUGUAAUUUAUAUGUGAGAUCUUUUGUAAAUUUUUCCUUGUAUAUAAUAUUUUUAAUUUUCAUUGGCAAGAGCUUUCCUCUCCUUAUUUUGAGUGAAAGAACUGUAAAUAAAGUAUGUAAAUGUUUGUGCAUGGAAUCUGUCAUGCUCUAUAUGGUGACUUAAUUGUGACUUCUUUUGUGUAACCUACUCGAAGACUGCCUGUUAUAUAACUCAAUUAAAGUAUCUGAAAAUUGUAACAGAGA